AACGCUUUCUUCUUGCAAAGGUAUCAAAUAAAUUAUUACAACAUUCUGUGUCGACUGUGAGCUGCGACACUCGCCGUAUCUGUCUUCGCUGCUCCCCUACAUACUACGCCAACUGCGCGUGCUGUCGUAGUUCUGCGACUGUUGUCGCUCGACUCGCUUGAACUUCACUUGGCACAACUCCAGCCCCUCUCGCUCCCACUCCCGGGCCCCAUAUUGCGCCGCGCAUAGCUUAUCAGCAAUCUGAAGUCAUCACUUCGCUGCAGCUCAACGGCACUGUUUCGCAUUAUUUAUCGCUUCCACUAUGGCUUCCGAAAAGCCGUCCGUUCUAAUAAUCGGCGGUCUGGGUUACAUUGGGCGGUUCCUGGCUAAACAUGUUCAUGACAACAACCUAGCGUCUGAGUUGCGACUGGUUGACAAAGUGCUCCCUCAGCUAGCAUGGUUAGCCCCCGAAUUUGAGACGGCGUGCUCAGCGGCAAAUUUCGUGCAAGCUGAUGCCAGCAGAGAACAAGCCCUCGCCCGCAUAUUCGACAGACCCGACGGAAAGCAAUGGGAUUACGUUUUCAACUGUGGCGGCGAGACGAGGUAUUCUCAAGAGGAUGAGGUCUAUAAAGUCCGGUCCUUGGGCUUGGCGCUAGCAGUUGGCAAAGAGGCGGCGAAACGAGGCGUAAAGUGCUUCGUAGAGUUAAGUACGGGCAUGGUUUACAAGCCAAAUUCGUCACCCAGCAAAGAAGGCGAUAAGCUUAAGCCGUGGAGCAAGAUCGCUACCUACAAAGCUCAAGCUGAGCAAGAAUUGGCUAAGAUUGAGGGGCUGAAUCUUGUUAUUGUACGAUUACCCCACGUAUACGGCCCCUAUGCGUCGCAAUGGGUUGCGACCGCCCUCUGCUUAGCCCGCGUAUAUCAGGCCCUCGAAGAAGAGAUGAAAUACUUGUGGACAAAAGAUUUGCGUACCAACACGGUCCAUAUCGACGAUGUCACGCGAGCGCUGUGGUCUGUGGUUUCAUGGUACGACUCUGGUAAACCCAACUGGGACGCCAAAACGAUGGGCAAUAUCCCGAUCUUCAACGUGGUUGACAAAGGGGUCACGACGCAGGGCAAAGUAGCCGGCAUUGUGGAUGAGAUAUUUGGUAUCAAGGGAGAAUUCCAAGGCCAACUUUUGAGUAACUUUGCGCGUCUGAACAUGGACAGCGUGGUGGACGAUAUCAACGACGAUGUGCUUGGUCCUUGGGCAGAUCUUCUUGCCGAAGCCGGAAUCACGAGACCGGGCCCGUUAACUCCCUUUAUGGAAAAGGAGCUCCUGAAGGACACGGAUCUCAGUAUGGAUGGUAGUCGACUCGAGACAGUUGUCGGGUUCCAGUACCAGAAGCCUGUUCUCACCAAGGAUCUUGUACUGGAAGUCAUUGACAGUUACAAGAGGAUGAAAUGGUGGCCGUAAACUGGACACAGGGUUGCAGAGUUAUGUUGACGACAACGACAGUUCUGCUCUUACACCGCGACUUCAGGUACUCCUGAUGAGAGGAUCUAGACACGCCCUCCGGGGCUGCGACGAAGUAUAUUCAACAAACGACUCGACGACUGGACGGCCUACGUUUCCAUAUCGGAUAGACUUUGGCGGCUCCUUACUCUUUUUCAUGGUUUACAUCUUCCCUUGUCAUGCCCUGUUUUAAAUGGA